AUGAAUCUAAAGUGAAACGCAAGCCUUCCACUACCAGAUUGAAUUUAGAGUCUUUUGAUAUGAGCAGAGUUCUAGCUCGUAGUUCACAUCUUACUGGAUCUGAGGGCAGUGAGUACGACUUGACUGUAUCAGAGGGAGAACAAUUGUCACUUCCCAAUCAGCAAGAAAAAUUAGCUGCAAAGUUAGGUUUUCAUCCACGUUUGAUGGGUGUUGACGAUUUAUUUACUGUUGAGGAUUUGGCUCUAGUACAGGCGCCAUGUAUAACACAAACUGCUACACCUGUUGAUGACUCUGAAGGAUUGAUGAGCAGAAGAGAAAUGAAUAGAGCGAAACGCAAAGCUCGUCAAUCAGUAUCGAAACAACGAUCGCGCGAACCGGAUGACCAUCGCGCUAAUGAUGACAAUUUAAAUUCAAUGAAUGUUCAAUCUCCAAUUGGUGAACCAGCAACCAAAAAAAUUAUAUUAGAGGACACAAUCUCAUCAGACACUGGAUCAAAAUGCAACAUAUCUAACGAGCAAGUAAAUGGAGUACCAGAUAGUACUGGAUGCUGGCCAGAUUCAAUCGUAGAUUGGCCUUUAGAAUCUUUUGCGGAAAGUCUUUGUCAGGAUUUAUUUAGUCAAAAAUGGGAAGUGCGUCAUGGAGCA